AUGCGCAGGUCUAGCACCGAUGAGUCGACCUAUCACAGGAGCCCUUCCCUGGACAGCAAGGAUUACAGUUUCCCAAAUGGCACCUUUCGUCGCUACAGCAGCAUGUAUGGUGGCCAGUUCGGGGCUGCCAGCAACUCUUUUUUUGGAUUCCACACCAACCCAGGCCCUAAGGCCACCAAGGCUAAGUACACGUCCCCCAAGGGAAACAAGUACGUUGUCUUUUACCUGGAUCUCUCGUUUAUUUUUCUCCUAGAACUGAAGAGGUGCAGCAUGGCUCACAACUGCUUGCAGUGUAUCAAGUACCUAAUGUUUGUCUUCAACCUUCUCUUCUGGUUGGGAGGCUGUGGAAUCCUUGGAGUAGGCAUCUGGCUCGCUGUUACCCAAGGGAACUUUGCCACCCUCUCCUCUUCUUUCCCAUCCCUGUCAGCUGCCAACCUACUGAUCGUCACAGGGACAUUUGUCAUGAUCAUUGGCUUCGUGGGCUGCAUAGGCGCCAUCAAAGAAAACAAGUGCCUCCUGCUGAGUUUUUUUAUCAUGCUGUUAAUUAUAUUUCUGUUGGAGCUCACUGUUGUGAUUCUGUUCUUCGUCUACACCGACAAGAUUGACAAGUAUGCUCAGCGGGAUCUGAAGAAAGGGCUUCAUUUGUAUGGGACAGAUGGAAAUAUUGGCCUAACUAAUGCAUGGAGCAUCAUUCAAACAGAUUUCAGAUGCUGUGGAGUCUCCAACUACACUGAUUGGUUUGAAGUGUACAAUACAACCCGGGUGCCGGACUCCUGCUGCUUAGAAUUCAGCGAGAACUGUGGACUCCACUCCCCAGGGACCUGGUGGAAAGCGCCUUGCUACGAAACAGUGAAAAUAUGGCUCCAGGAAAACUUAUUAGCAGUGGGAAUCUUUGGAUUGUGCACAGCUAUGGUGCAGAUUCUCGGACUCACCUUUGCAAUGACCAUGUACUGUCAGGUGGUCAAGGCAGACACCUACUGUGCAUAG